AGCUGGGAUGGGAAGUGCACGUGAUUAAAGCAACAACAAAUCGAUGAAUGGAUGUGAAGCAAUUCAAAAAAUGUUUCAAAGAAUUCCAUUGGUCCGGCUAACGUCAAGGGGCGGGGCUUGUUGACAUGACGGUCUGACAGCGUCUGAACCCUGGGCUGAACCUUGGAUCACACGGAGGUUGUGACUCGUUGGCGUUUGACGUUGCUGAAUACCGUCACCGACAGAGGACGAGGAACGACAGGUGAGUGCAGAGUGACACCAUGGCAACAGAGGGCGAGCCCGCGGACUUGGUCAAAGUGCUUCACCUUCUGGUGCUCUCUUUCUCCUGGGGUAUGCAGGUCUGGGUCUCCUUCAUAGCAGGUUUUGCGUUGGUGCGGCAGGUCAGUCGGCACACCUUUGGCCUGGUGCAGAGCAAGCUCUUCCCUGUGUACUUCUCCUGUCUGCUGGGUGGCAACGUCGUCAGCCUGGCCGUGUACGCCAUGUACCACCCCAAGGUCCUGCUGGUCUGGCAGGAAAGUGUGCAGAUGCUGCUGUACUUCGUGGCGCUGCUCGCGGCUGGCUUGAACGCCAGGUGGUUGGGCCCGGCGGCCACCGCGGUGAUGUUCCAGAUGAGGGAGGUGGAGAAGGAGCAUGGCCUGGGGGAGCAGAUCGGCCUGGGCAGCCAGAAGGAGGAGUACGCUAAGCUCAGGGAGCAGGACCCCAAGUACAGGGCGUGCAAGGGCACGUUCGCCCGCUACCACGGCCUGUCCAGCCUCUGCAACCUGAUCGGGUUCAUCUGCACCACGGCUAACCUGAUCUACACAGCUUUGAAUUUAUCCACCAUUUAGAGAGGGGUGUGUGUACCCAAUGUCAAUCGGAGACUUUGCUGUCUCACAUUUCAUGUAUUUUGAUGCUUUUUUUACCAUUUGGUUUUAUUGCUUGUCAUGAUAAUAAUAUAACAAAUGUUAUCCCAAAAAAAGAAGCCCCUUCAAAUGUGUACACGGCGCGUCAGGAAUUGUGCUGGACCAGCAGGGGGCGAUGUUUGGAAGCAGGUGCUUUCAUUAGCUGAGCUCAGCAUAGAAGUGCAGUAGCAGUUCACAAACUUUUUGUGAGCCCCCCUAUGAUAGUGUAGAAACACGAUACCGCCCCAAACUCGUUUAAUAAUUGUAUUUGGUGCCUUUUUUUAUUUUAUUUUGUUGUGUGUGUGUGUGUGUGUUGGUGAUGAAGUUGGUGCGCCCCCCACUUUGGGCACCACUAAAUUAGAGCCUUUUUUAUUUGUAAAAGUGUGUAUCCAUAUAUUUUGAUGACCAUAAAUGUUAAUUUUAUCACCUUGUG